AUGGCGCCGGCGCCGGCAAACGGAGCAGAGGCGCUUCGUGAGAUUCUGGAGUAUGAGAAGAUUGUACAGUUUAAGGAUGCCGUCCUGGCGGGCACGCAUCCUCGCAUAAAAAUUCCGGCGCAUCUCGCUGGGAAGCAGCCGAUAAAUUCUCUGCGAAAUAUAUCCUCACCCAACUCCACAACACCCCGACCCAGCCUGAACCCAAACCCAGAACCACCCGCGCGCACGACCCCAGGCUCGCGCGCAGAGGCCUCAUCCUCUUUCUACGACAUAUCUCCCAAUAAAGCGCGAGCAGCGGGUGGCGCGCAUAUUCCCUCCAGAUCGGAGAUCAAUCCAAUCUUGCUGGAGAAAUCUGACGAUCUUAUCAAAGCUGAGAUGCAAUUACAGAGACAGCGGCUAGAGAAAGGCCUGAGAGACCAGAUUGAGCAGCAGCGAAUGGCGUCAAGAUCUCUGAUGCAGACCUCCGAGUCGCUGCCCAAUUUUGACAUCUCCGAGGUCCUGUCAAAAGCGCUUGCUAUUGUCCACCCUUCUACUACUACUACCACAGAAGCUGAGCCCGCUGACCCUUCUGGGGACGCGACCGAUGAUUCUUUUGAUAAUAAUACCUUCUAUACCAGCGAGCAUGGUACUCCUGGGCCUCCGAGCCCAGCUCAAGGCGAGAACAUCUCAGCUGAAUUGCAGUCGCACAGCGCGCUAUCGCUUGAACAGCGUGAGCUGCCAGUCCAAGUCGAGGACCGGGAAGUGGUCAUGACUGGUACUUCGCUAUCCAAUGAUAACAUUACAGCAACGCAGGCGCGGCCGCAGAUGCACUCACAAAACAGUACUCCAAACCGCCAUGAGCAGCUCCUGGAGACAGGUAACUCUGGACCUAGUAGCUCCUCUGGGGAGAUCGUGUCUUCCAACGCCCAAGGAGCAGUUAAAGUCAGCAUGCCCCAAAAUAUUUUACAAGAAGACAACUGGGCCCCAUCUGCAUCUAGAGAGAAGAACGCUAACCCAUUUUCCACGCAGGCAACAACCCAUGAUUUGCUCAAGCAGGCUUUGGAUAAGGUAGCUACCUCGCCCUUGAUUCGUAACCACAAUCUCUCUCCUAUCGCACCCCAACCUGCUCGAGUGUCCCCAUUAGCCACUGCCAGAGAUCCCCCCAUUCUCCGACAAAAUGCUCCUGUUGAGGAAAUCCAGCCAUUUCAGGUAUCUGCACUUCGCAACCAACAGAAUGGCAACUCCAGCACAGACAAUUCAUCGAAGGAUGUAAAGGAGAGGAAGAGAGAAAAGAGGAAAGAAAAGAGAAAGCGCAAGGGCAAGGAGGCAGCCACUACCCCAGAGUCUCCAUAUAUCAAGCCAGAACCUCGCUCACCCUCGCCAUUUACAGCAGUUGCUCCCUUGCCUCGGCCACAGAAGAGACAGAGACAGUCAGGCCAGUUUGCCCCAGAGCUCAACUACGACGAGCCAAGACACGAACAUGUGGGGGGUGAUGUUGAGCACCGCGCAGCUGAAGAGCCAUUUAGAGAAGCCCGAGCUCCUCGUACGUACGAGAGAAUACCGGAGCGCUAUGAAUCCGAGAUCCGUCGCCCAGAGCCCGUGUAUCGACGUAUAGAGGAAGAUGAUUUUAGACCAGUCGCCCAUUCGCAGUACGGAAGAAGACCUCCGGCUUCAGAAUACGUCGCCCUUCCCCAUGUAUACAGCGAAUCGCGCCCAACCGCUUCCUACGCCCCGGUGGAACGUCGAACCGUGGAACCUGCAUUUAAGGAAAUUGAUCUCACCCAGCCAGUCAUAGGUGGCAACGAGCUCAGUGAGCGGAUUUACAGGGCAAGUGUACGACCUGGAGCAGACCGCGACCGAUCAAGAUCCCCCAUGUACCGUGAGAGAAGAUCACCAAUGCCCAUGGCACCUCCACGACAUCCAAUGCGGAUCAUCGUUGAUGAAUUUGGUCGCAAAUACUAUGAGCCUGUGCCAGCUCUGCGGCAGUCUAUUGCACCUCCCACGAGCUAUCGUGAGGCAUCCGUCAUCUACGAACGACCACCAAUACGGGCAGUAUCUAGCCGUGUGCCUGCGGAAUACGAACGAGAGGGUGUUAUCUACCGAGCUUCAUCUCCACCACUUCAACGCCGAGUCGUUACCGAGCCAGAGUAUGCUAUCCCGGCUCAGCCAGAUUACCGCGAGUACCGCCAAAGAGAGUAUUCUAUUCGUCCGACACUUAUGGGACCCCCUGGUCCAGAGUAUGUUCAAGUCAGAGGUCGGCCUAUCACCCCCGUGGAAGAUAUGCGCCGUGAGUAUGUCCAGCGGGCUCCAAGUGCAUACCCAGAGGUCAGAUAUGAGAUCCCGAGAGAGUACGCUCGAGUUCAAAGUGUCCGACCAGAAGCACCACCUCGCGAGUAUGCUGCUAGUGUCCGCCCGGAGGCACGCAGAGAGAUGGCUCCACCCCAGGCGCAAAGAGAAUACAGCGUCAGACCGGCUGAUGCCAUCCCCGUCCCCCGAAGACAGAUUCUUGCGGAAGGGGAGCGAUAUUACGAGCAGGAUCUAUUGAGACGACCAGCGGAGGUUGCUUAUAUCGAGAGGCCUAGGGCGAGGGAGGGCUCGGUGGUGGUUUAUGCGGAUGAUGUCAGGAGGGAGAUUUACAGGUAG